CCCUGGCUGUCCUGACCCCGAACUCGACCCUCCCCCCGAUCCGUGCUCCCAGCCCUACCUGCAGUUCCUGGCAUCAUCUCGUCCUUAACCGGUACGGAAUCCCCGCCAGCUGGAAUGUGAAGGGACCUGGUUUCGACGCCGCCGACAACGCGUGCCCACCCGACCACCACCACCACGCUUCCCCCCCUCCCCCUUCCCUGGUAAAUCCAGGUUGCCGGUUUUUGCUCCAGAGCUCGUCGAGGGAGAGGUGCGUGCCGACCAGACCACCCCGGCCAUGGCGCCUUCGGGGCAUACCCCUCACCCCUCUAACGGCUCCUCGUCGAGUGAGCGACACUAUGCCUUGGCAAACGGGAAAGGUGUGCCGACCAGGCACGAAAGGCCGCCCAAUACACCGAGGAAAGAGAACGGCGGACGUGAUAAGGCCUUGCAAGACCCGGGCUUGAGGGAUUACCGCCUGGGGGAAUGUCUAGGCAAGGGAGCCUUCGGCGCCGUUUACAAGGCCAUUCAUUGGGGAACCGGCGAGGCAGUUGCGGUAAAGCAGAUCAAAUUAGUAAACCUGCCCAAGAGCGAGCUGCGGAUGAUCGAGGCCGAGAUCGACCUCCUGAAGAAUCUCAACCACGAUAACAUCGUCAAGUACAUUGGCUUUGUCAAGUCCGUGGACUGCCUCAACAUCAUCUUGGAAUAUUGCGAGAAUGGUUCUCUGCACUCGAUAUGCAAGGCGUACGGGAAGUUUCCCGAGAACCUAGUGGGGGUUUACAUGACCCAGGUUCUCCAAGGGCUUCAGUAUCUACAUGACCAGGGUGUGAUCCAUAGAGAUAUCAAAGGGGCGAACAUCUUGACUACCAAAGACGGUAAGGUAAAGCUCGCGGACUUCGGCGUCUCGACAAGUACGCUCGCCGGUCCCGAUAAGGAGGCUCAAGUGGUGGGAACGCCGUACUGGAUGGCGCCUGAGAUCAUUGAACUGUCCGGUGCCACGCCCGCCUCCGAUAUCUGGAGCCUGGGCUGCACCGUUAUUGAGUUACUAUCUGGUAAACCUCCGUAUCACCAUCUCCAAGCUAUGCCCGCUCUUUUUGCUAUCGUCAACGAUGAUCAUCCACCUCUACCCGAGGGCGUAUCUUCGGCUGCGCGUGAUUUCCUUAUUCAAUGUUUUCAGAAGGACCCAAACUUGCGCGUGUCCGCGAGAAAACUGUUAAAACACAAUUGGAUUGUAGGCUGUCGCCGGAGUGAUGCCCCGGUGGCCAAAGCCCCCGGCAAUUUCAGCCAAGCCGUCGAGGAAGUCAAGCAGUGGAACAAGGCCCUGACCUCCUCCGAAACCAAUCUCAGGACGUCUGGAGGCUCCGAAUUUCUUGCUGGCCCCUACUACCACGGCCAUCCGACCUCGCGCUUCGCAUCUCAGGAACCGUCGCGGUCUAGCAUGCCAACUGCAGCCAAGGGGCCCUUCGCCCUGGGAAAGCCUAGACCCUCCGCCGACGACUACCGUUCCCCUGAACUUGCGGACGAUGACAACUGGGACGACGACUUCGCGACGGCGAUAUCGCCAAGCGCGUUAAGGCUUCCUCACGUCAAGCCGCAGGACCACUUUGGUGGCAUGCUGUCGGCUGACCGCCUGAAAGCCUUCGCGUCCAUCGAUAUUUCGCGCGACAUCUCGGCCAACUGGGACAAUGGCUUCGACGGCGAGCUGAUGACGAUGAAGAAGCUGCAGUCAAUCCCAGACGAGGACCCCCUUGAAAAGACCAUUCGCCCCAAUUGGAAGUUGCCGGCACGACCUGAGAAGACGGCCGAGACGAAACCGCCGUCGGCAAAAUCGUCCCCCCGCAAACAUGCCAUGGGCCCUAGGCAGAAGUCCCAAUCGAAAAAUCGCCUAGGCAACGCCUUCGAGAUCCCGCCACCGAGGGAUUUAGCAUUUAGGGAGCAUUCGGUGGAAGAUUACUCAGACGUCUUCGACGACAACGAGAGCGUCUUUAACCAGCGACUAGGCGUCAACAAAAAGCCCGAUACCCCUCAACUCUUUCACCCUUCAGACCUCACGAGUUUGCCACGGUCUAUGCAGUCGCCCGUGACGGGCAGCGUAAGAAGGCAACCCUCGGCGCGACCCUCCACCCUUCCCGAUCGGCCGAUGCAGCGGUCAAAAUCGUCUAUCGAAAUCCAAAAGUUUGCUGAGGAUGAGGAGGACGAGGACUUCUCUGACAUAUUUGGCCUGGGCGAAAACCUGACGGAGAAGGAGGAGAGCGACCGCGGAUCUGAAGACGGCAAUCUUAUGGUCCUGUCCCGACUCUCCAAUAAUUCCUGGCUCGGUGACGACGAGGACGAAGACGACCCUUUUGCUUCUAUGGACCCGGACUGGGACGAGAUGGACCUGGAAGCAAAUAUCGCCCGGGAUCGGCACGCCCGGUUAGCAGAGAAGGUCGAGGAGCUUGUUCGCUCCCUCAAGUCGACCGAAAGCGAGGAGAACUUGCUGCAACUUUCCGAGGGCUUGCUGGUCUUGCUUUGGGAAAGCACCGAGGUCAAGAAUCUUAUCAUCAGCGCUCACGGGCUACUCCCGAUACUCGAAAUAUUGGAACCCUGUACGGUAAAGACGAGACAGCAGCUCAUACUACAGCUCCUGCAGGUCGUGAACACGAUCAUAUUAGACGAUGUUGAGCUCCAAGAGAAUCUGUGUUUUGUCGGAGGCAUCCCGAUUAUCACCAAGUUUGCGGCGCGACAGUACUCGAACGAGAUCCGAUUGGAGGCGGCCGCCUUCGUCAGACAGAUGUACCAGACUUCGACGCUCACACUGCAGAUGUUUGUCAGCGCCGGCGGUCUCAAUGUCCUCGUCGAGUUUUUAGACGAGGACUACGAUACGGCGAGGGACUUAGUGCUUAUUGGGGUAAACGGCAUCUGGAAUGUCUUCGAGCUUCAGGGCCCCACGCCUAAGAACGAUUUCUGCCGCAUCUUUUCGAGAAGCAAAAUCCUCGACCCAUUGGCUCUCGUACUACACCGCGUGCUCGACGAGGAUUGCGAGAAUGAGUUGGCCGAGCUGAUUGAAGGUCGCAUCGUCAACAUCUUCUUUUUAUUCUCUCAGGCCGAGAACUACGUAAAGGAAAUGGUGGCUGAUCGGCAAGUACUCAAAAGUAUCCUCAAGGACCUCCGACGCAUGACGCCCGCGCACCAGAUUACGAUGCUCAAGUUUAUCAAGAACCUCUCCAUGCUCUCAACUACACUUGAUGCCCUCCACGCCGCCGACGCCAUCGACCUUCUCAUCGAACUACUUAGCGGUAGUAUGAGAAAGGGCUACAUUCACUUCCGCGAGAUCUCGAACCAGGUGCUCAACACCAUGUUUAAUCUCUGUCGCCUGAGUAAGGACCGGCAAGAAUACGCUGCUGUCAACGGGAUCAUACCUCUCCUCCUGAAGAUCAUGAAGACGGACCGACCGCCGAAGGAGUUCGCGCUGCCGAUACUCUGCGACAUGGCACACUCGGGAAGUAAAGGACGCCGAUUUUUAUGGCAGAAUAAGGGGCUAGAUUUCUAUGUGUCGCUUCUGGGAGAUCAAUAUUGGCAAGUCACUGCCCUAGACGCCAUAUUCGUCUGGUUGCAAGAAGAGACCGCCAAGGUGGAGAGCCACCUCCUAAACAACAAUUUCACAGAGGCCAUCCUGUCUUGCUUCCACACGCAAAAGAUGAAUGCGUUCGAUCCCAAUCUGCUAGAGCCAUUGCUAAAGGUUCUUCGGCUGUCUCCAUCCCUAGCGGCGUCACUGUCCAAGUCGGACAUGUAUUCGGGCAUUGCCCAAAAGCUGUCGCACAAGAAAGCCGUCGUGCGGCUGAACUUACUCCGUCUUGUCCGAAAUAUCCUCGAGGCUGGAGAUAACGGCUACCCUAGCACUACGAGGGAUAGACAUCUUCGAACACUGCUCGACGCCAUCCGAAUCCUCGCCGACAAGGAUUCCGCCGUCCUAGUCCGAAACCUGGCGUCAGAUCUUGUCGUUUCCUAUAUCGACGGCAACUCCGACCAGCUAACCGCUCCACUAUCGGCAACGUCAACCUCGUCAACGGGAUCCAAUCGUGUUCGAUCUGGGAGACGCAUCUAUACUCCACCUUCGCUCCAGCCCGCUACAUCCGUACCUCAUACGCCAACACACGCGUCUCGCGCGUCGCAAUCUUCAGCAUAUAUCGAGGUAGCAGCGAGCCCCAAACGCUCGGUAGUUUCUCUCGCACAAGAGCGCGACGCCGCCUCGUUCCGUCCUAGAAGCAAGGACGGCUCAGUUCUGCCCGUCACGUCUACCCCCCGUCGGGCAAGCAACGAGGUUCAGUCGGGAAGUAUUCCGACGGCGGGUAAGAGUAGGCUACCGAGGAACUCGGGCCUUUACACUUCGCGACCUGUCCUUGGGGUUUCUACAGGUUCCCGUAGCGAAAGCACGGCGUCAAAUAAGGAGAAUAUGGUUGGAGAGGACCUGAGCCGGUACUCUUCGGGCCGGCCGUCCCCGACGGACUCUGGUAUCGUUGCUACGAGUGGUUCCACGUCCUCCGUAUCGGGGAGGCGGAGGGGGAGUCGGGCGCCGAGUGACGGAAAGCAGAAGUGGAGCGUAUAAAGCGUAGAGAGCCCUUGGCGUGGUGGUCUAGUGUUCGACACAAAAACGGCGACGGCAUAUUCCGAAUUACGGGGAAGAGAGGGGCGAGUUCGGACCGGCCGACCGAGU